CCCACCUACAAUAACUGCAUAACAACUCUGAAUCUUGUGAAGGAAUCUGUCUAGAAGACAUUGCUCUCAGUUGUGAUGGCUACUUCGUUUACUUCACUGCCUAUUAUCGACGUCAGCGCUUUAGCGACUCCACAGCUUGCAGGUGCGGACCGAGAUGCACUGAGCGCGCAAUUGUACGAUGUAUUUUCGACGACUGGUUUUGCAUAUCUCGUUAACGCGCCGUUGAGCUUCGACGAAGAGGAGUUGUUCGCUCUUGCAAAGAGGUUCUUUGUCCUCCCGCUGGAGCGGAAAAUGAAGCUUGCUAAGAAGUCUUUCGUGCCGACGCAUGCGAACACUUACCGAGGAUACUUUCCGACGCAACCACGUCUUGCUGAAGAUAAUUUAAAAGAGGGAUUUGAAAUUGGGUCUCCAGAUGCCAGUCACUUAGGGCCAGGGUCGCCGACGAUCAAGACCAACAUCAACCUAUCGGAAAGAAAUGUCUGGCCCUCUGAUGAUAUGUCACAGUUUCGUGUUCGUUUGGAGCAGGUCUAUGGUGAACUCCAGACACUUGCAUCGAAACUGCUCUCUUUGCUUGCAAUGUCUCUGGGUCAAGACUCCAAGAGCUUCGAUUCCUGGCUUGUAGACUCUCUGAGUACUCUACGCAUCCUUCACUACCCUCCCGUGCCUCCGGAAAAUGUCAAGUCUGCCAACGACACGGAAGUCAAGUUGAGUUGCACACCACACACAGAUAGUGGCAUCUUAACUCUUCUCCACCAAGACAGCACGGGCGGCCUUGAGGUUCUCAAUGCAGGUGGCGAGUGGAUUGCCGCGCCUUACAUCCCCAAUUCGGUGGUUGUCAAUAUUGGAGAUUUGAUGGCGAGCGUUUCGGGUGGAAAAUUCGCUGCGACGAUGCAUCGUGUCCGAGCGCCUCCGCCGAGAUUGGACGCAGCUGGUUCUCCGACGGGGCGAUUCAGCAUUCCGUUCUUUUUUGAGCCUGGCGAAGCUUGUGUAGUAACUCCUGUGGUUGGUGAUGGCGAAUCAGUUGUAUACGGUGAGCAUAUCAGGAAGAAGAUGGCGACGUGGGUCGAAUUUCAAGAAGACAGCGGGUAUGACACUGGAACCACCGAGGAGAUCUGACCGAUAAUUGAAUGCCGACUUGCCUCACUGGAAAGAAAACAAUUGAGCUUGAUUGAUGAGAUGAUGUGUUAUGACGUGCACUAAGUAUUGAUAAUUGUACCAGGAUUCCCAAGUAACCAAUAUUGAAUAGCCGAUAAUAUAGC